UCGCUCCUGACCCAAAUAACACGCUCUCUCCUCCCCUGCCGGAACACGACGUCGGUUCAACGGGAGCGAAUCGAUAGACGCGCGUACGACCGACAAAAACUAAAACGUACACGUCGGGAGGGGGAGAGAAGACGUCGAAAAUAAGAGGAUAGCGCGCGGCGACGCUAAUUCGCCGCGGUUCGUUCGGUCAGUUUACCGCGACGCGUCGUCCCCCGCAUAUAUUUAACGCUGCCGCGAAAACCUCCGCCGUAGGUAUGUACCUAAAAUCAAAAGAGAAUUUUAAAUAAUUAAAAAAUAAUUAAUUCAUCGAUCAAUUGUUUUUUAUGCAAAUAGUAAUAGUUAUCAAUAAUCGAUUAAAAAGGAAAAGAGAGUAGUGUUAAAAAAUAAUAGCUUAUUAAAUAUAGCGGUAAGGCAAUAAUGCGUACCGCGCGGUUUUGCGGUGGCAAUAUUAUAGGUAGUUUAGUUCGGCCGUUCUCCCUAACGGGGGGAGUGCGUCGGCGCGUCGCGACGGUGUACGGUCCGCGUAGGCCCGAGCCGAUUCAUUGAUCAAGUAGUCAAGUCGAGUUGAGUCGCGGGGUCAAGUCAAGUCGGCGGCGGCGGAGGAGGCGCGGCGGUGGUAAGACAGACCGAAAGGAGCAGGAGGAGGAAAGGGACUGUUUCGAGAGGAUGCCGGGUGCGACCGCGGCGGUUUUGGUUCCGGGUCCAUCAACGGUGAUGAUGACGAUGACGGUUACGAAGGCGGCAAAGGCGACGACGAAGGUGACGGGGGUCGGUAUUGGCGGGCCAUGAGAUGUCUCGCGACGCGUACGUCGGGGGUAGCCGGUCCCCGAGGGGCGUGAGGUUACCCACCGUGGACCGGUCGCCGAGCAGGGUGUACCAUCCGGGCGGUAGCCCGGUCGGCGUCGGCGUCGGAGUCGGCAGGAAAGCACCGCGCCAGACAAGAAGCGGAAACGCGUCUCCUGAUCACGUCGUAUCCACGUCGUACCAGGGGGGGUACUACCACGAGGACCUCGGUAGUCCGAUGCUCGAGGAGCGCGGCAGACCGUUGGCCGUCGGACCGGGAGUCGGGGGUCACCAUCGCUCGAGGAGUGCGACCCGUCCCUCGAACCCGAUGUCCGUCCGGUACCAAUCGCUGGACAGGGGUCCGCCGCCUGUCGACCACGAUCGCGAAUUCUUGCCGAUAAGGGACCGAAGAGACAGAUCGCUCGAAAGAAGUUUGUACUUUGACGACGAUCCGUAUAUCGGCGGAGGCAGAUCUGCACGACAGUCACCUGUCUCGCAUCAACCCUUUCUCGGAGAGCUUCAGCACCAAAACUCCGACCUGCAAAAGGAGCUCGGAACACUUAAAAAAGAAUUAGAACUGACCAACCAGAAGCUCGGAUCGUCGAUGCACUCGAUCAAGACCUUCUGGAGUCCAGAACUGAAGAAGGAGAGGGCGUUACGGAAAGAAGAAUCCGCCAAGUACAAUAUGAUCAACGAACAACUCAAACUACUUAGCAGCGAAAAUCAGAGGCAAGCAUUAUUAGUAAGAAAUUUAGAAGAAGAAUUAAGAAUGCGAGUUCGUGGUCCCAGUAUUGAAGUUCAACAACAAAUGGAAGUUUUAUACCAAGAGAAUGAACACUUGACGCGAGAAAUAGCAAUACUCAGGGAUACAAUAAAAGAAUUGGAAUUGCGUAUUGAAACGCAAAAACAAACGUUGCAGGCGCGCGAUGAGAGCAUCAAAAAGCUACUGGAAAUGUUGCAGAACAAGGGGAUGGGUAAAGAGGAAGAGAGACAGAUGUUCCAACAAAUGCAAGCGAUGGCUCAAAAACAGGAGCUGCGCGCGGCCAACGACACGUUGCGUACCCUGCAAACGCAAUUGGAGCUGGUCCCCUCGCCCUCCAGUAGCACAAUAAAGGUCCUGCUAGAUACGAAGGACGCUCGAAUCGCGACACUCGAGCGCGAAGUGAAUUUACUGGAGAGCGAGCUGGACCGUGCGCUCGGAGACCAAAUCGUCGGGGCCAGUCAAGUAAUCGUGACGCAGCCGAUGCCCGGCGGCGGCGGCUUCUUCGGGGGCGGUUCCUUGCCGCCACCCACCCCGUUCAAGCGACAACUCGACGAGUUUCGCAUGGAGAUCCAGAGGCGCGACCAGGAGAUCCUAGCGAUGGGUGCCAAGAUGAAAACGCUCGAGGAACAGCACCAGGACUACCAGCGGCAUAUCGGCGUUCUGAAGGAGUCGCUCUGUGCUAAAGAGGAACACUACAACAUGCUGCAGGCGGACGUCGAGGAACUCAGGCAGAGGUUAGAGGAAAAGAACCGACAGAUAGAGAAGAAGCAGCAACAACAUCAACAGGAGAGGGCGAGGGCCGGAGCCGAAUUAGCGGAAAUGAGAGAGCAUAUGGACAUUAAAGAUCGAAAAAUCAACGUGUUACAAAGAAAGAUAGAAAAUCUUGAAGACUUACUGAAAGAGAAAGAUAACCAGGUGGACAUGGCGCGUGCUCGUCUCAACGCCAUGCAAGCGCAUCACUGCUCAUCCGAGGGCGCCUUAUCGUCACUGGAAGAGGCCAUCGGGGACAAAGAAAAACAAAUGAAUCAGUUGCGUGAACAACGCGAUCGGGCGGAACAAGAAAAGGCAGAAGAAAGGGAGCUGCACGAAAGGGAAUUGGCCGAGUACAAGAUGAAGCUGCACGCCUUAAAUAGUGAAGUAGAAAAGUUAACUGUUCGUUUGGAAAGAGCUCAAACUGAUCGUGAUAGAUUGGAGGCGAAAUUGGAAAGUUCGCAAUCUGAAUUGGGUAAGAGUAAAGCGGAAUUGGAUAAAGCAACGAUAGAAGUGGGAAGAAGCGGAGCCGAUUGGGACCAGGCAAGACAAAAACUGGCUCGCCUCGAGUUAGAAAACGAAAGGUUGAAACAGGAAUUAGAUAGGUCGCAAACGACGUCGUUUACAAGGGCCCAUUCUCUUGGAAGAUCCCAACAGGAUUUCGACUUUGAUAGAACAGAUAAAACCUCGGCAGACCUGAGACGUUGCCAGGCAGAGCUGAGGGUAACACAGGCCGAUAACGAAAGGGCCAAAUCGGAAGCAACGGCACUGCAGGAGAAGCUCGAAAAGUCCCAGGGGGAAGUGUACCGCCUCAAGGCUCGCUUAGAAAACUCCCAUCAAGAACAGAACAGCUUACGGGAGGAAUUGGAGAGGGCUCAGUCCAACAUGGCCCGUUUACACGCAGACAAAGAUCGUUCAGCUAUGGAGCUGGAGAAGGCGCGCGAAGAACUAGAGCGCUCGCAAGCGACCUUGGGCAAGGCGCAACUUCAACAGGACAAAUUACAAAACGCUCUAGACAAGGCGCAGACGGAGGUCGACAAAUUACAGGAGAAAUUGGACAAAGCUAUAGGAGAGACCAGACGAGUGCAACUCGAAAAAGAAAAACAAGGGUACGAUUUCGAGAAUGUCCAAUCGCAAUUGGACAAGGCUCUAGGCCAAUCUGCUCGUAUACAGAAGGAAAAGGAUUCUAUCCAGCUAGAAGCAGAUCGGCUUAGAGAUAAAUACGAGAAAUCUCAAAUCUCAAUAUCUCGUUUACAAAAAGAAAAAGAAACCGUAUUAGAGGAAGUCGAAAAGCUGAAAGAAAGAUUAGAGAUGCAGCUGAACCAGAUAGCUAAAGUUCAAAGGGAACGUUCCGACAUCGAAACGGAACUCGAUUUGAUGAAGGAGAGAUGGGACAAAACACACCUUCUCCAGCAGAAGAUCCAAAUUGAAAGAGACGAUGCCAUAGCUGAAAUAGACAUUCUAAAAGAAAAACUUGACAAAACGAUAUAUGCUUCUCAAAAAGCUAUCGAUGAAAGGGAAACAGUCAACAAAGAAUUUGAAAAAAUUUUGGAAAAAUACGAUAGGUCUCAAAGCGACGUAUAUCGACUUCAAAACAAGAUCGACGCAAUCCAGGCAGAUAAAGAUCGUUUAGAACUUGAAAUUGAGAAACAACAAAUAGCAUCAACGAAAGCCCGAGACGACCAACGUAAACUUCAAGAUGAACUUCAGCGUAUGCAAGAAAUGUACGAUAGGGUAUCAAUGCAAUUAAACAGAGCGAAAGAAAUGGAAGAAAAAUCAAAGGAAGAACUAGGAAGGGUUGGUUUAGAUAUAGAAAUGGCGAGAGAACGAUAUGAAAAAGCUCAAAUGGAAGUCCGCAGAAUUCAAAGUGAAAAGGAUAAACUACAAUCGGACAACGAACGUCUUCAGUACGAAGUGGAAAGAUCUCACGCACAAGCGACUAAAUCUCAGGCGAGUUACGAAAAAGCCCAAGAGGAAUUGUCACGGUUGAAAUUGGAAUUGGUUAAAGUUCAGGAUAAACACGAUUGCUUACAAAAUGAGUUUAGAAAAGUCGUUGGCGAAUACGACGCUUUAAGAGAAACAACCACACCGGCAAGAUACAGUAAAUACGAUCGAGAAGAUCGAACUAAAGAUGAAAAUGACAGAUUAAGAGCCGAGGUGGAUAGAUUAAGAGAGAGACUAGAUAAAACAUUAACGGAACUUGAUCGAUCUAGAAAAGAUUUGGCCCUCGCCGAAUCCACAAGAACUAAAUAUCAAUACGAACAAGAAAAAGAACGAGGAGUCGAAAACGAACGACUCCGCGAUGAAUUGCAAAGAACAGUAAACACCAACCAACAGUUGGAAACCAAACUACAUGAAGUAAACAUGCAAUUAGACCUUGCCAGAUCUGAAGUAAACAAACUUUCCGGUAAUCAGGAUAAGCAACGUCACGAACUCGAAAAAGCAGUUAUAGACUGCGAAAAACUUAGAGAUCGAUACGAAAAACUUAAGAUGCAAACUGAAAAGAUCGAGAAAGAAAAUGAAAAGCUUCGUCUGGAAGUAGCUCAAACGGAUCGAAGACAAACAUUAGCGGCUGAUAAAUUAAGGUCGGAAGAAAGACUCGAAAUGGAGAAGUUAAAGGAGAAACUUGAAAAGGCGCUUUUGGCGAGAGACGCGACCGAAUUAGAAGCUGGAAGGCUCGCACAAGAAUUAGAAAAGUCACAAAUGCACUUAGCCAAGGCACUGGAAACGAACGAAGCGACUAAAAUAGAAUUUGAAAGAAUGGCAACGGAAUUGUCUCGUAUGCACGAAAGAAUCGAAAGGGAAAAGAUAGAGUGGAAAACGUUGGAGCAAGAACGAGACGUCCUUCGCGCGGAAGUUCAACAGGUCAAAUCCGGAAUGGACACGCAACGAAGAACAAUAGACCACAGGACUCAGGAAACGAUCGUUAAAUUACAACAGGAAUUAGCCCAAGCAUCAAGGGAAAGAGAAAAAAUGGCAGCUCUUUUAGAUAAACAAGGUAGACAAGGUGAUUCUAUAGAAAAACAAAUUAUUAAGUACGAAGCCGAUAUAAAACAAUUAACCAUGGAAAGGGAUCAAUUGGUAAAUCAACUUGAAAAAUCUCAGGACAUGUUAAUGAACUUCCAACAGGAAUUGAACCAGAGCGAAGCGGAACUCGAAAAACAAAGAGCGGAAGUCAAUCGUUUGAAAAUGGAACAAAAACGAAUGACACAAGACGUUGAGAGGGGAACGAAAGAUAUUUUAGAUAGCCGAGAUAGGGAAAUAACCAAACUUCAACAGCAGUUGACGUCUAUUCAGAAAGAAAGAGAUGCUCAUAGAGCUAGGGCAGAUAAAGCCGAAAAAAGACUUCAAGAAACAGGUGCGCGCGGUGAUAGUGAAUUAGAACAGUGGAGAAAAGUAGUCGAGAGCGAAACUCAGAGAGCAGAUAUGGCCGAAAAGGCGGCUCAAGAUUUGCAAAAACGAAUACAGAUUAUGGAGAAACAGUUACAACAACAACUUCAACAAAUGGCACAGUAUCAAAAAGCUUCUGGUAUUCAUCCGCCUCAAGAUGAUAAAGAGAGUGCUAGGAUGAGAAAAGAAUUAGAAAAAGCACAGCAGGAUUUGAAAAAUAGUCACACGGAAAAAGAAAGGUUACAAUCUCAAUUGGAGAUGUUGGUGCAAGAAUUAGAGAGGAAUCAGCUUGAGCUACACGAGACAACAAAGAAACUCCAAAUGGCUCCUCAAAAACCAUCCGAAGAUUAUUCGGGCGAACGAAAACAACUCGAAGAACAAAAACGACAAUUCGAAGAAUACAGAAGACAAGUUGAUGAACAAAAGAGAGCCAUUGAUAGUAAACAGAAACAACUCAUUGAAAAAGAGAAGGAAUUAAAUAACGUAGAUAAGCAAUUGAAAAAGCGGAAAGAACAAAUGGAUCAGUUAGAAAGUUCUUUGCAGAAGGCCGGAGGAAGCGCAGCAGCGGCAGGAGAAUUACAGAAAAAACUUGUAGAAACAGAAGAAAAAUACAAAAAGGCAGACGAAGAAGUUAAGAGAUUAACAGCUGAAAUGGAACGAUUACUCCAAUUAGUACAAAUGAGUCAAGAAGAGCAGAAUGCUAAAGAAAAAACUAUUAUGGAGUUACAACAGGCACUAAAGAACGCACAGGCUAAAUUGAAGUCUCAACAACAAGUCCAGCAACAAUUAGAAGAGCAAAGAAAGAAAGAAGAGAUGGAACCUUGUAAUGAUGACGAAACGCCACGAGAUAAACGUGAGUAUAUUGUCGACCUGGAAUGCCGACUGGAAUCGUACGGACAAAUGUUGAAAGACAACAAAAAUGAAAUGAACAUUCUAGAAGACAAAUUACGGAGAAAGAAUGAAAUUUUAAUCGAGAUGGAAAGCAACACAGUUCAUAUUGAUGCGUUGACACAACUGGAAUGCGAUUUAGACCAAAAGAACAUGAUAAUUGAAGAACUAAAUAAAAAACUAGAAUCAUUUUUGAAAAAUGAUGAUAACAAAGAUGAUAUUCAAGAUAUAAACGAUCUUUUAUGCGUGAUUAAUGUCAAAGACGUGCGCAUACGCGAACUGGAAGAAGCUGUUCGAGAGAGUCUUAAGAUAUGUACUGAACGUGAAAACGUUUUACAUCAAGAAGAGAAUCGAAGGAAAAGGAUUUUGGAAAAAGUUCAUAAGUUGGAGCAAAGAUUACUUUCUUUGCAAGCAGCUCAAGCUGUUAAAUGUCACUCGUGUCGACCUAUUGUUUUGAGAAUGCACAGUUUAGAAAGUAAAUUGAGUAAAUUAGUUUCUGAAAGGAAAGAUAAUUUACAAGAAUUGGCACAUAUGAAAAGAGAAGCUCUUGAAGCCGCCAUUAGUGAGAAAGACGCUCAUUUGGCUCUUUUGGAAAUGUCAGGAAUAAGAAAUGCAAAACAAUCAGAUGAAGUGGAUCGAUUAAAAUUAGAUAGACGAAGAUUAGUGGAUAGACUCAAACAAGAGAAUGAGCUAAGUGUUUCUUUAAUAGAAGAUAGUUCCUCUUUUGAAAAUUUAGACGAAAUUGACAACGAUAACAACUCAGUUAAUGGAAAGUUGGAAACGUGACACAAUGUCAUGUGAAAUGGCAAAAAUAAUUUCCAGGGAUGAUUAAAACGUUUUCGGGCGAAUUUUGUAGUUUAAGAAGAAGACAUGACAAUAAUUGGGGGAAUGAGGCAGAGUGGUGCAUCAAAAUCUAUGUAUUCUCCUCGUUCGAGUUAAUAUUAAGUGUCAGCACUGAAGUCAAAAAAAGAAAUCCUUUACUUCAAUUAAAUGACGUCGUGUGGUUGUUGUAAUUUUAUUACCUUCAGUGCUCAGACAUUCGUAUUCUGUAAUAUAAUUGUAUUAUUAUCCAAUAAGGAGAUAAAAAGUAAUAAUUGUAGCUUUUAUUAUAAAACAAUUAUGAUAGUAUACGUUCGUCCUAUUUAAAAGGUGAAUUAUUAUAGUUAAAAAUAUUAACGAUAUUAUUUUAAAAUCUCGUUACUUCUUUAUGUUCAUAGUUAAUAUCGGAUAAUUAAUUGUGUACAGAUAAUUUUAAGUCUCACAAUUAUCUUGUAUGUAUUUAAUUCACCAUCAUCAUCUUCAAAAAUACACAUACGCGUGCGUAAGUAAAGCAAAAAACAUAGAUGGGCAAAAAACAUAGCUUAGAAGAGCAUUUAAACAUUAAACUAGCAAAAAAUAUAGAUCUUGCAUCAGUCAUACUAUUAAUAAGUAAAAACAUUGGCCGACAAGGUACAAUAUGUUUAGGUAAAUGUACAGUAUUGUAAAAAACUUCGUUAUUUGCGUGAAAAUAAGAGAAUUAAUCGAGAGGAAUAAGUCAGCGGGCGACAAGGAAAAUGAUAAAAUUCUUCCAGGCGUCCACCCCUAAGGAUAUGCGCACAAAACCGCCCCCUGACGAAACUCCCCCGACUAGCACGAAAUUUUCGUUUUAAUUUUAAAUUGUUGAAUAACGCGCAUAAAGUCGCUGAGUUUUCGCAUUUGUACAUUCAUCAAAAUAAAAAAAAAUCAUAUCAUUAAAAACGGCCGAGCAACACUGCCAAUCUCGUGCCAUUAUUACGUGUUUAACGCCAUCGGUGGUGCAAAGAAGCGCCCCAACGGAUGUUACUAGUUUAUUUUUCUUUUACUCUUUUUGGGAGAACAAACAAAACAAUAUUAUUAAACAAAAAAAUAAAUAACGUAUGAAAACCUUUCUAUGUAUAUGGUAAAGAGACCAAACGUGCGCAGAAAAGACGAUGUACCAUUACGGUUUCUUAAAGGAAAUUAAAAAUCCUAUACAGUAAAGAUUUUAAAAGAAAAAAUGUCUUUUCCGCUUGUAGUUUAAAAGAAAAAUUGGUUUUAACCAAUAUAAAGCACCUCAUUUUUCUCCUCUAGUAACUCGUUAAACUCAAAA